AUGCCACCACCAAGUGUACAAGACUGGGAAAAAAUUGGAGACGACUUUUGGAAUAAAUGGAAUUUUCCUAAUUGUUUGGGGGCACUAGACGGCAAACAUGUGGAAAUUUUUGCGCCACCAAAUAGUGGUUCACAAUUUUUUAAUUACAAACGUACAUUUUCAAUUGUUUUGUUGGCAUUGGUAGACGCAAAUUGUAAAUUUAUUGCCGUAGAUUUAGGUUCUUACGGGAAGAACAGCGACGGUGGAAUUUUUGCGAAUUCAAAUUUUGGAAAAGCUCUAGAAAUGGGAAAGUUUAAUGUACCAAAAGAAAAAAACCUUCCAGGAACUCAAUGUUCAGUGCCUCAUGUAAUUGUUGGAGAUGAGGCGUUUCCGUUGAAGACAUAUCUUCUUAGACCUUUCCCUGGUUCUACGAUAAAUGGAGAUAUAGAAAAACAAAUAUUCAAUUACAGACUAUCAAGAGCUCGCCGAGUAUCGGAAAAUGCAUUUGGCCAUUUGGUACAAAAAUUUCGAAUUUAUUUCAGAAGUAUAAAUUUAUUGCCCGAAAAUGUAGAUAAUGUUAUUUUAACGACGUGUAUUUUACAUAAUUACAUAAAAGAAAACGAUUUGAUAGUUCAACAUUUAGACCUUGUCGAAAUUGAACCUAACUGGGGAAAUUUACCACGGCAAGGAGGAAAUGCCCACAACUCAGCCUUUCUUGUACGUGAUACAUACAAACAAUUUUUUAAUUCGGAGAAUGGAUCAUUGUCGUGGCAAAUGGAAAAAUUUGUGUAA